CGCCACUCUCUCUCUCUCUCUCUAAACCAGAGCCAUUUGCAAUUCGAGACCAUCGUCAUCACUGCUUCUUGCUAUCUACAUUGCGACGCGUCGGAAGAUCCGCUCUCUCUCUCUCUCUCUCUCUGGGACACAACCAUGAACUGCCAAUCCCAUAAACCCUCCUUCAAUCCUCUGCAAUUCCCUUCUUGCGCACCCAGGUUCCCGCUUGUGACGCUUCUCUCCUUCUCUCACGCGCUUCGUCGCAACCCAUUUCCCCUCUCUCUCAACUCUUCAUUUACCCAAGUUCACAACUAUGGCACCAUUGAUUAUGAGAGCAGAGAGGCGUGGAAUUGGAGGUCUCUCUACCGACGAAUUGCGACCAUGCGAGACCCCAACUUUGGUUCGUCAUCCGUCCUGAAUUGGUGGAGAAAAGAGGGGAGGAAGGUCUCUUCCUGGGAGCUACGCAGAAUCAUUAAGGAGCUCAGGAAAUUUCGACGUUUCAAACUCGCUCUCGAGGUAUAUGACUGGAUAUUCGAACAUUAUAAAGAUUUUAAAGUAUCCUCAAGUGAUAUUGCAAUUCAGUUAGAUUUGAUAUCUAAAGUGUAUGGUAUUUCCGAUGCUGAGGAGUUCUUUAUGAGUUUGGCAGAAAAUUCUAAAAAUGAAAAAACUUACGGUGCUCUUCUGAAUGCUUAUGUCAAUGCAAAAGCAAAGGACAAGGCUGAGGUUCUCAUAAAGGAAAUGAGAUCAGAAGGUUAUCUUUCUCACGCUCUUCCUUUUAAUGACAUAAUGACUCUAUAUAUGAAAACAAAUGAAUUUGAAAAGGUGGAUUCUAUGAUCCAGGAAAUGAGAAAGAGGAAUAUAGCCUUGGAUAUUUAUUCAUACAAUAUUUGGAUAACAACAUGUGCUGCCACGGCCAACACAGAGAAGAUGGAAGAAGUGUUUAACCAAAUGAAACUCGAUAAGAAUGUUAGUAUCAAUUGGACUACAUAUAGUACAUUAGCUGCGAUGUAUGCAAGACUCGGCCUGUUUCAGAAAGCUGAUAACUGCCUUAAGGAGCUUGAAAGUCGAAUUUCUGGUCGUGACAGGAAACCCUAUAAUCAUCUUAUUAGCCUGUAUGCAAAUAUUGGCAAAAAGGAAGAGGUUUAUCGUAUCUGGAAAUCCUACAAAACAAGUUUUGAAAGCAUACCCAAUUCAAGCUAUCACUCUAUGAUGUCUUCGUUGGUUCGAUUGGGAGACCUUAAUGGUGCUGAAGAGGUUUAUGAGGAGUGGGAGUUAAGUAAAUCAACCUAUGAUCCCAGAAUUUGCAAUGUUUUAUUGGCUUCUUAUGUCAGAGAAGGGAUGUUGGAGAAGGCUGAAAUGUUUGUCGAGCAUUUCUGCACAAGAGGUGGACGUUCGAACCCAACCACAUGGGAGAUCCUUGCAGAAGGAUUUAUCAAACAGCAAGAAAUAGAGAAAGCAUUGUCAGCCAUGAGUGAGGCAGCAUCCAUCAAGAAAUUCCGGCAUUGGCAACCAAAACCCAAGAACGUUGAAUCCAUAGCAGAGUUGUGUAAGGAGAAAGGUGAUGCAACCAGUGCUGAAUUGCUAAUAGAGAUCCUGAGGAAGGUGAAAUAUUUAGAUACUGAAACAUACGAUUCAUUGACUAGAGCUUGUAAUAAGUCAGGCAAGCCUGUUUGAUGGUUCCAGUUUGUGUAUGGAAAAAGAAAAGGUUGAUAGGGAUGAUGAUGAUACUUACGAUGCAGUCUGCUAAAGGUUAUACUCUUUGCUAAAGGUUAUACCAUCUGAUGCCUGAAAUUUGUCGAAGAUCUGCUAUCGAUGACAGGAACUAUGUUAGUGGAACAUGGCUAGGGUGCUGGAAAUGAAGCCUCACCGUGUCCUAGCUGUUGUGUUCCUUAGAUUCAUGACUGGAUUCCAGCAACUGGCCAUUCUGUUCCUUACGUUCUUGAAUGGGUUCCAGCAAACAGCAAUGUUGGACAACUGUCAUUCAUACACUGGUCCCACACUUUUUCACAUGCAUGUGCAUACCUUUUUAGUGUUUUGUAAAGGAGUGGCGCAUGUGAGUUGAAGCUCGAGACCUCUACAAAUGAUCCAACAUAUUGGAAACCAGGUAUUGGAUUGGAGAUCAAGCUAGCUGCUCACGCAUGUGGCCCUAUGGGGGAGUAGAGCUCAUUCUUGUUUGUUUUUGGGGUUGGGUUUCUAGGAGAUGUAAACAACUUCGACUUCCGUGGUACUGGUACCGAUGAUCGAAGAUGGUAUAAUGGUGUUGGUGGAUAACAAGAAGCUGAUGUUUCGCUGCACUCAGGUUCAGUGGAAAACGGGGUACCUAGAACCUGGUUCUGUGACGUUGUAGCUACCCAUCCACCCUGAUCUUGGUGAUAUUUAAUCUCAACGUUGGUAAGUUUGUAGGAGGUCGAUGAGUUCAAGAAAACCAAAAAGCAUGAUGAAUGGAAUAGUAGAGGUAAUAGAGAAAAGCCAACUGUACAACAAGCAAAUCCAAUGCUUGUGUGGACUCUCCUGCGCAAGAAUCUGGUGUAUCUGGUGGCAGCGAAGCAGAUCACCCCACCUGAUGCUGAUAUGUCUUGCAUAAUAGCCAUGGUGGAAAGUUCCUGCUGCGCCAUGUUGGGGAGAUAAGUUCCACUGAUUGGUGAUAUGAACCGAAGCUGGUUUCGUUGGCUCUUAAUGACGGCAUAUUUUAUUGGUAUUAAGGGCAGCCAGGAAGGCCUCACAUGGGCAUCACAUGCCUCUUUCUUGCCCGACUCAAAGCUCGUAUUGAAAGCUAUAUCACCUCCUAGUUUCAUAUUCCUCUGUUCGAUGCACACAUUGACAGCUCAACAAAGUGCGUAGAUCUUCUGUUCCCUAGGUGCUCGUCUGUAAAAUGCGUAGAGCCACAGUGGUGAAAAAAAAAACCGGGGGCUUGUCCUAAUGUUUCCGUAACAGAGUCCACCUUGCAUCUGUACUAAUUGCUAUUUUAUCAAUGGACAACAGAUCAAUUUA